AUGGGGCGCCUUUCCGCGCGCUGGCGCCGCUGUCCCGCGCCCGCCUCUGCCGCCGCCAGCGGGCGCUCCUCGCCCUGGCCCGGCCGUUCGCCCGCCACGCCCGCCGCGCCGGGCGGGUUGCCCGGUCCCGCCACGCGCGCGGCCGCGCCCGCCGCCGCCCCGCGCUUGGCGCCACCACGCGCUCGUCUGUGCUCCCGUACACGUCACACGCGGCGGGAGGUCGCGGCGGUGCGGGACGGGCGGCUGGGUGGGGCGCGGCGUGAGCAGGGCGGUGGCCGCGCUGGCGGCGCGCCACGUUGGGGCUGCCGGCCGCUGUCGCCGCACCGAGAGGAGGCGCAUCGCGGCACGCCGCCACGAGAUACGCGCUCUCGUACUCGGGGCUCAUGCGGCUGCUGGUGGAGGGGCGCGGCGACGCUCUGUUCCAGCUUGACUUUCAACGCGACGGGGUUCCGCGCGAGCGGUGCCUGCUGCGACUUCCUGUUCCCGGACCACGCGGAGGCGCUGUGCCUGCUGGUGCGGCGCGCAGGCCGCCAACCGCUGCUGCAGGCGCUGCUGGUCGUGUUCGAGCCCGGCGCGUGGGCGGCGGCCGGCGGCGCGCUGCUCGCCCUGGCGGGCGCCCUGCGCCUCGCCGGCCGCCGCUCGCUCACCACAAUUGCGCUCGUGCCUUCAAUUGUAAAUAUAAGACUGUCAUUGGUAUGCUACGUAUGUGUGCAUGUGUGGGCGCAGCCGGGGGAGCCGGCGGCGCCGUGGGACCCCAUGAGCCAGCUGCGCGCCCGCUUCGUGGAGACGGACGGCUCGGAGGCGUGGACGGCGGCGGCUAGCGCUGUGGAGGGCGACAGCAGGCGCGCGCUGCUGCUGGACGAGUCGGCCGCGCCCUACUACCUCUUCGGCCGCGCCGCCCCAGCCUCCACGUCUCCCUCAGGGGGCUGGCCCACGGCCGCUGGCACGGCUUCAACAGACGGCGACUGGCCCGGCUUUGGGGGCACUUCCGGGGUAGUGCCUGUCGCUUGCACAGCUCACGCCUCCGCUACCAGUUCCGCUCCUGGUUGCGCUCCCGCCCCGGAGUCUGGUUCGGCUCCCGGUUGCGCUGUCGGUUCCGUUCCCAGUUCCUCUCCCAAUUUCGUUUCCGGUUCUGCUCCGGGUUCCGUUCCAAGUUUUAUUACCCGUUCUACUCCAGGUUCUGUUUCUGGUUCUGCUCCCGUUUCCGCUCCAGAUUGCGCUCCCGGAUCGGAUUCCGGUUGCGUUCUGGGUUCCUUUUCCAGCUCCUUUCCCGAUUCCGUUCCCGGUUCUCCUCCAGAUUCAUCACCCGAUUUUGCUUCCGGUUCCGCUCCCGGUGUCGUUCUCGGUUCGAUUCCCGGUACCCCUCCGGAGUGCGCGCCCAGCCCCUUGGCAGCCUCCGCCCCUUGGCACGGGGCGUUCGCCGGCGGGGAGGGCGAGCCCAGGCUGCACCGCGCGCGCGAGUGCCCGCUGACGGCGCUGCCCACGGGCUACGCCGCGCGCCGCCACUCGCCCUUCGCCGCCGCCUUGGACGACGUGGUGCGGCGCGCCGUGCAGAUCAAGGAAAGGACAACCUUUGAAGUUCCCAUUACUAGGAAAAAUUCCAUUGAUGAAAUGUUCUUUAAAAGUUUUUGGAUUGUAUUAUUAUUUAUUAUUAUUAUUAUUAUAAUAAUAAUAAUAAUAAUUAUUAUUAUUAUUAUUAUUAUUAUUAUUAUUAUUAUUAUUAUUAUUGGAACCUAUUAUUAUUCAAGAAAUUCACGUGCAGUGUCUGCUAAACAACUCUUAUUAAAGUAG